CCUGUUCUAAUUAGAAGAGGAGUGAGUGAUUUGGUCAGCGAGAGAGCGAGCGGCGGUGCGCAUUCCAAUGUAUGGGAUUCAAGGCCAGCCGCUGGAAAUCAAUGUUGUUGGCGGCAAGAACUUGAGGAACACGGAGUGGUUGUCUCGGCAGGAUCCAUACGUGAUUGUCGAGUAUGGAACGCAAAAGCAUAGAACAAAGACUGACACUGAUGGUGGGAAAAAUCCUUCUUUCAACGAUAAGUUCACGCUCUCAUUGAUAGAAGGCCUCCGCGAGCUUCAUGUCCAAGUCUGGAACAGCAAUACGCUCGCUAUGGAUGAUCUCAUCGGCACGGGAAGGGUGCAGCUCGAGAAAGUGAUCUCCUCGGGUUACGAUGACAAUGCCUGGCCACUGUCAUCACGAAGUGGAAAGCACGCUGGGGAGCUCCGAUUGAUCAUGCACUUCAGCCAAGCGCAGACUGGAUCCAAGGACAAAGCUCACAAAAACGAGAAGGGCCAUAUGGAAUCAGCGUAUCCUCCAGCCGGGGGCUAUCCUCCAGCGCCAUUUCCUGGAGGAUAUCCUCCCCCUCAUUCUGGAGGCUACCCUCCAGCUCCAGUUCCUGGAGGAUAUCCCCAAGCUCCAGGACAUGGCUAUCCUCCAGCUCCAGUUCCUGGGGGAUAUCCUCAUGAAGCUCCAGGACAUGGCUAUCCUCCAGCUCCAGGAGGCUAUCCUCCGGCAGGCUACAAUCCGUAUCCGCAAGGAUCGUCAAGCUCUCCUCAUCACAAGCCAGUAGCUCCUUACGGCAGUCCCGCUCCUCCGCACGGAUACCCGGUUGUUCCACCACCAUUUCCUCACCAAAAGCACGGAAGUUAUGGUCACACACCGGGUGGUGGACACGGCCAUUACUCGCACGGCAAACACAAGAAGCACAAGCACGCCAAGAUGAAAGUCUGGAAAGGCUUCAAGAAAGCUUUCAAGUGAUCAAAUCAUUUACAAGCUAAGCUUUCCGAGC